CUACUUGAUUUAACCAUUACGACCUCAAAAUGCAUGAAAUGUUGAACCACUUUACAACCACUCUCAAGUUUCUCUGCCCUGCGGAGACCAUCCUUUACAAGGUCGAGGUUGAUCUCAUCAAUCUCCAUCCACGCUGAAGCUCCUAAGCAAAGAUGAGAUGUCCUGUUUUUAAGGUUGUUUUGCCACACCUAAGAAUACAUUACCUUACCCUAUAAUCCCCAAAUAGGCGCUAAUUUUAGUUCCCCUAAACCUAUGUCACUUUGCCGCU